GACCAGCCAGCGUCAAAGAUGUCGGGCGCCCGCACCGCUGCUGCCCUCUGCCUGCUGCGCGCCGCAGGCGGCCAGCAGGCCAGCGUGUCGCUCACGGAGGAGCACCCGCCGCUCACCGUCUUCACCUGCACUGCCACCGCGGCGUGCGCACCAGAGAGGGGGGGCCUCACGCUCGACGCUCAGUACCGGUGGGUGCACGCGGCGGCCGGCGACGACGCCACCAAGAACGACGUGCCCAAGAACUGCCUCAGCGACGGCGCCUGGAACAAGGAGCUGUGCCCCGACCCCGCGGCCUGCGCCAAGAACUGCGCCGUCGAGGGGCUGACCAAGGACGGCUACAAGAACACGUACGGCAUCUCGCGCGUCGACAACGGGUUCAAGCUGGAGUACCUCACCGAAGGACGGCGGCGGCUCCCGCGUGCACCUCGCGGGCAAGGAGGACAGCUACAAGGUCCUCGCGCUGAAGAACCGCGAGAUCUCCUUCGACGUGGACGUCUCGACCCUGCCCUGCGGCCUGAGCAGCACGCUCACCCUGACGCCGAUGGACCCCGAUGGCGAGAUGGGCAUCGGUGA